AUUCACCCAGUCCUUUGCAGCACAACGUUAUAAACUGAGCUCUCGCACAACUUUCAAAACCAAGCCCAACAGCUGGGCAUCCCUGUUCUUGGCCUUUCCUUCUUAGUCUGGGCUGCAGUAAAACAACUUAACAUUAUGGAGGAUGCGAUAGCUUCGACGAGCCUGAAGCUGGAGAGUGCGGACGUCCAAUUACUGGUCCGCCUUCUUGAGCAGUCGCGCAGCGACGUGGACGCAGAUGCAUGCCCAGGCGUGCAUAAAGCAGUUGAUGCGCUGGUUGCCCUCCUAACAACAGCUCAGCCCUCUCAAGCGCAAAAUGCGCCAGAGGCGCAGCCGCAGCCAGCGGCAGAGGCGCAGCCGUCUACUUCAGAGCCGUCGGCAAGGGCGCCAACCGACACGUCUGCGAGCGUCGUUGCAGAGCUCAGCGCCCAGGUGGCGGCCGCCACGGAACGUGUGACGCGGCUGCGGCAGACGGUGACGGGCCAGGUGGUGGAGGCGGUGGCGGCGCAGGCGGAAGUGCUGCGGCCGGUGAUGCGGGCGGGCGAGAUGACGCUCUCAACUCCAGGCAAGGCGGACCGGCGCCGCUCCAUGGACGUGGACGCGGCGCCGCCCAGCGCCGCGCUGCAGAUCCACGAGGACCUCACGGCGGCGGUGGACAAGCUGCCUGCGCUGAGGGCCCGGCUGGAGGAGGUGACGCGGCGCAUGGGCAACGUGCUGCGUGCCAUUGAGGAGCAGCGCGCGGCGGGGGGCAAGGUGGGCGCGCCCACGCCGCUGCGCGAGCGCUACACGCCCAUGAAGCGCUCCGCCGCCUUCGCCUCUGAGUCAGACAGCGUGGUGGGCAUCAUUGCGCGCGCCAGCUGCUUGUGAGGUGGAGCGUGUGCUCAGCGGUCUGGCGUGUGAUUGUAUGGCGCUCUGGUACUGAUGUUUGGGGACGGACGGAGAUGGCGAUAGAGGCUGUGUGUGAGAGCAAGGAUAUGGAUGAAGCUGGAGGCUGUGUGUGUUUGUGCUGUGGCGGCUUGAUGCUGCCCGCGGCAGCAGCGGUGUGGGUACGUGUCUGGGUUAGGCGCAGGUGCUGGCGCGAGCGGAUCAUGGCGGUGCGUUGGACUUCUGUAUGACUGGCCGGGCCAUCCAUCGCGCGACGCUGUGUACCGGUAUACCAUGUCUGCCAGUGUAGUAGGAUAGUCGGCAAAAGACACAUCUAGAUGCCCCAGGGCGCGGUCCGCAGGGUUAUAAACUUGUGUGUCGUAGAACUUCCGUG